AUAUCAAGGAAAUAAUUCUAGAGGCUUUGGCUUGAAUAAGCUUGACUUUUUGAAAGCAACUUUGAAUAGAGGAUUUAGCUACCACACACACAGAGAAUUUAUAUAAUUAAAGACUAAGGAAAGAUAUCUCAGGUGAUAGAUAAUUUCCUUAAAUUUAAAGGAAUUAUGUGAUGUGGAGCAUGGCUUAAGAAUGAAUCGGAAAUAAUGUAAAAACCAGUACAAUGAAAUAAAGUCCUCAAAAUGUUGACAGCAUUUGUAGUCCAGACCACAAUUAUGAGUGCUGCUUUUGGAAUAAUAAACUACAAUCCCCAUGUUAUUGACUCUCUUCAUCCAGAAAUUCCUAGUGGUCUGUUAGAUGCCUUAGUAGAACACAUUUAUACAGACACAUUGACGCCUUCUCCGGCAAACAAUACCGAAAUGCUUCAGCCAAAAUCAGAGGAAGUUUCAAUGAAACCAUCAAUGGAGUUUUUGGGAGAUAAAACACAGCACAUGAGCCAAAAUGAGACUGCAGAAGAAAAAAAUCCACUAUUGAUGGCAUUUACGAAAGACACUUUAGCCUCCAUUAACUCCAACUCCAAUGAAAAGGAAAAUUUUACAUUGGUAAGAAGUGAAAAAUUCAAACCAUGGAAGCAAAGGGCUGGUAAAGAGGAUCCCAAACAGAAUUCAAACAAAACUUUAGGAAAUAAUGAAUCAAAAAUUGCAAUGGGCGGGAGUGGAGAGGCUUCUGGAACAUUUCCAAGAGAUACUCUGCAUGAAAGUUGGUCAGAGAAAUUUCGGGGUGGCUUCGGAAAUUUUGGAAAGAGUAGUUUCAAAUAUCCAGAGAUGAAUCCUUUAAGCAAUGUUAAAGAAAAUCAAAAGAAAGACCUUGUGGAGGGUUCAGAAGAUAUGGAGGGAAAAAUUUUGGAAUUAAAGAUACCAAACAAAGCUAAAAAAUUCGAAAGUGAGGGAGGAAAUGGAGUUUCCCGACAGAGCUUCAGGGAUCUUUCACAAUUGGGGCAAGCUCUUCAAAUAUUAGCACAAUUGAUGCAGUCCUCUCGGUAUUUUUCCAAAUCUAAAUCUGCAACGACAAAUGCGACAGAUGAUAUAAGCAAAUUGAAAGCGAAAAAUGAUGAGACAGCACUCAUUCUUCAAGAAUCGGUGAACUUGGAUGAAUUUCCCAACAGUUCGAAGGCCAUAAGUCGUUUUGAUGCAGAUUCAUCAGACAAUGGGAACCCGUUUGAACAUCUCUUAAAGAGUUUAUUAUUUUUGAAAAAGAAUAGUAGCAAUCCUGAAAAAGACUAUUCUGAAAAUUCUGUCAUAACUAACAAAAAAAUGGAGGAGUUCCAAAACUAUUUAUUGUACCAUAAGAUUCCUCACUUUGUGAAUGCUUUUUGGAAUCAAGGUGUUUCCACUCCAAAUUCCAAGAAUCAAUCCAGUAAAUUGACACGAGACCACUUAGACUAUCUUCAUUCUAACAGUUCGCAUCAACAAAGGGAAUCAAUUGUGAAGAGACAAACUGAACUUAUAAGAAAAGAAAAUCCUGAGAGAGGUAACAAAAUACGUACUAUAAUAGUGGCUUUUAGUCAAUUUGAAAAAUCAAACUCACCUCCUCUAAUAACAUCAUGGAUCGUAAAUGAUACAGAUGCAAGAUGGAAAAGUACAAAAAUUUCACUAAUUGGCUCAAAUGUUGAGGAUAACGGACACAGAGAUUCACAAAACUUGUUACACACCAGAUGGUUGAAGCAGCAAAACAAGACACAAUCUUCGAAAAACAUUACUAAAAUUCCAAAACAAGAUGAAAUAACUUGUAUCAUUCCCCGACAGAAUACAUCUACUUCUUAUCGUGACUUUCCUAUGCUGGUCAGCACAAGACCCAAAUCAAAUUUUGGCAAAUUUUUCAAUAAGAAGAAUAAGAGGAGAAAAAUGAAAUCUUGCAAAUCAACAACACAUUUGUGUUCCUGUAAAACAACAACACACUUACAGAUGUGCAAAUCAACUACAAUUGUGCCUUGUACGAUACAAAACUUGGGGAACAGUUCCUCCAUGCACGAUGUACCUUUACAGCUCUUAAUAACAGGUAUUCCUACAACGCGAUAUGAAAUAGAACAUGGGACAAACCAUGAACAAAGCAAAAAUAAAAGGCUCUGUGAUGAGAAAAUAGAUAAAAUUUUGGAGGAUAUUAGUACGAAUAUGUGCCUUCCGAACAUGAUUAAUAAAUUGGUCGAGCUGGUCAACCAAAGCAGGACCAAUUCAUCACAAACAGCGCAUCAUAUGGUUACCACUGGGAGCAAUAGCGAAGAUUAUGUUUGCGACCACAAUAAGAUGAAUAACAACAAUUUUACAGGAUCUGCAACAAGACUUAAAAACAAUGAAUCUAUGAAAGGAAAGGUGAAAGAAAGUCAAUCUGUAGUCAGAGAUAAAAAACUCAAUAUUACAGUUUUUAAUGCAUGAUUACUACAACAAACAUUCACACCAGUCAAUCCCUCAAAGAUCUAUAUUAGAGGAUAAUAAAAACAGAGAUUUGUCAAAUUUAA